AUGAAUGCUCUUUAUAACCAUGCUGUAAAACAAAAAAGUUUGUUGCAGAGGGACUUGGCCAGGUUUGAGAAGGAACGGGAAGUUGCUCCAAUUUCAUUGCAGGGAUCUAUCUCGACGACUUUAGUAGCGUUAGAGAAGACUAUAGGCCAGUAUAGGGAGCAGUUGUCGGCGUAUCAAUCUGAUAUACGAAGUGAUAGUGAUGAGAAUUACAUAAAAUACAAGACUAGGUUAUCGACGAUUGAUAAUGAUCUUACUGAGUUUAAGCAGCGGUUUAAGUUGAUUAAGGAACAAUGUAACGAAGGAUCUAGCCGUGAACGGAUGUUUGGUGGAGGAUCAGCGUUUAUAUAUGAGGAGGGUUCAUCUAGUGUAAACAAGAGAGCUACAACCGGUGUGCAGCAGAGGAGUUUGCUAGGCGAGAAUGGUGAACGUACCACGUUUAACUCUGCAGGAGGUUUGCCGUUAUAUGAGGGCCUAAGACGGGAACAGUCUAUAUUUGAGCGGGGAAAUGCGAAGUUAGAUAGUAUUCUACAGAUGGGACAAGAGUCACUUGAGGAGAUUAUUGAGCAGAAUCGUAUACUUCAAAAAGUCCAGCAAAAGAUGCUAAAGUCCUUACGUACGUUAGGUGUUUCAAACGAGACUAUAGACUUUAUUAACAAGCGUGUUUUUAGGAAUAAAGUUGUGUUUUGGACAGCGCUCGUAUUAAUGUUUGUUGGGUGCUAUUUUGUGAUGAAGUGGUUUCGGUAA